AUGGAGGACCUCCCUGAGGAGAUCAAACCUCGUGUAAUGUCCCUGCUGUCACUGAAAGAGGCUGCAAGGACAAGCACUGUGGCCACAAACUGGAGAAGCCUCUGGACGUGCUACCCUAACCUUUGCUUCGACGGCAGCAGCAACGUCGAAGAGUCCACUGACGAGGACGACGACAGUCACAGCGGAACAGGGCUCGAUAAGUUCAGCAUCAUCAAGUACAGCCUUAAGACCAAGUCCCGGGAUCAUCUUGGUAGGUGGAUUCGCUUUGCCACCGGAUCAAAGGCCAAGGCUAUAGAUGUUGACCUGUGGGCAAAACGGGAAAGGGUACGGCAAGCCACACAAGUUUACAACUUCCCUCUUGAGGCUUUACGCGCUCAAGAGGGCCCUUUCAUCCGGUCCUUGUCCCUCAAGUAUGUUUCUAUGAAGCCGCACUCGGAGAUGAUGUGUGGCUUCACAAAACUGAGGAGGCUUCUUUUGCACAGUGUUCGCAUAGUUGGAGAUCUUCCAGGCUUGCUAAACGGUUGUUGGGCUCUCGAGGACCAGGAGCUCAUCAAGUGCUAUGGUGUCGCCGAUCUGAAUGUACCGUGCCGACUCGAUAAGCUUAGGCGUUUGGUGAUUUCCCAAACGCCUGUCCACAUGGUUGGUUUUCAUGUUACUGGCCUUACCCAGUUUGAGUUCAACGGGGAUGAGAUUCCUAUAGCACUUCAUGGUUGCUCAAAAUUGGAAAAGGCGACCAUAGACCUUGGAGAUGCUUCCGUAAAACAAAAGAGCAAUAGAGCACUGUGCUAUGCAUUCACUGAAAUUCCUGGUAUUUCGGCGGUCAGAGUGCUAAACUUGCAUGCUUAUAUGGAUCAUCAGAGGCUCUGGGCCUCACAGGUACUACCUUUGGCUACUCUUUGUAACUAAUUUCUUUGCUUAAUCAAAUGGGUGUUAAGGUUUUCAACAUUAUGUGUGAUCAGGUGCAUACGUGGGUGACAAAACCAACGCACAUGUUUAUUAGUCUGAGGCAUCUGACUUGUGAGAUGAGGAUCCUCGUCCAAACAGCCAAAAUGGAAUUCUUCAGUUGGCUCACUAUAUGGAUCUUGCACCCCACCUGGAGACACUGCAAGUGCAUGUGAGUAAUCCGACUCUUUUCUUGAUUUAACUAUGCAUCUGCGGUGUAUGAUUCUGACUGUUGAUUCUUUUCACUUGGUGGCUUCCAAACUGAAACAGAUGAUGCGUUAUGCCACUGACCGCUCCUGCUGGCGUGGUGAGGUUAAAGGGGAGGAAGUGUCCUGCUGCAUGCGCCGUCUUGAUCACCUCAAGACAGUCUACAUGAGCGGGUUCCGGUGCUACCGGGCUCAGGUUGAGCUCUUGUGCGGCAUCCUGAAAAGGGGCUCCGCGCUUGAGCAUGUCACCAUAGAGCCAAAGGCGACAGUAGCGGAAGAUUCCCUGUCCAGGAUUUUUGGCAUACCUGAGCGAGAGAUUCGUGAAUGGGCUCAUCAGACCUCAGAACGCUUUGGUAGAACCAUCACGGCUGUACAAACCUCAGAA